GCUGCACAUUGUGCUCAGACCGGGCCAGUCAAGCCAAGGUUACACAGCCGUUCUCUCUCUCUCUCUGUCUCUCCGCCUCUAAAGGUAGACAGUCCACCGCACACAGCUGCAGCUCUCCAUCCGCACUCAGCUCUAUCGCACGGCUGUUGGGACUUUAUGGUGAUAAAUGGAGACCUUCAAUCAUAAACUGAACACUUACAUAGACUCAUGGAUGGGUCCCAGAGAUCAGCGGGUGCGGGGAUGGCUGCUGCUGGACAACUACCCACCAACCUUUGCACUCACAGUCAUGUACCUUCUGAUCGUGUGGAUGGGGCCCAAGUACAUGAAACACAGACAGCCCUUCUCCUGCAGAGGCCUCCUGGUGGUCUACAAUCUGGGCCUCACGCUCUUGUCUUUGUACAUGUUCUAUGAGCUUGUCACUGCUGUGUGGUACGGUAGCUACAACUUCUACUGCCAGAACAUGCACAGCGCACCGGAAAUGGAUAAUAAGAUCAUAAAUGUCCUGUGGUGGUACUACUUCUCCAAGCUCAUUGAGUUCAUGGACACAUUUUUCUUCAUACUACGAAAGAAUAAUCAUCAGAUCACAUUUCUUCACAUCUACCACCAUGCUAGCAUGCUGAAUAUCUGGUGGUUUGUUAUGAACUGGAUACCCUGCGGCCAUUCAUUCUUUGGUGCGACCCUAAACAGCUUUGUCCAUGUCAUGAUGUAUUCUUACUACGGCCUCUCAGCCAUCCCAGCCAUGCGGCCAUACCUUUGGUGGAAGAGAUACAUCACGCAGUUACAGCUGAUCCAGUUCUUUUUAACCGUGACCCACACAAUGUUUGCAGUCAUAUGGCCAUGUGGGUUCCCUAUGGGAUGGCUGUACUUCCAAAUAAGUUACAUGGUCACGCUUAUUAUCCUUUUCACAAACUUCUACAUUCAGACGUACAAGAAGCACAGUGGUUCUCUAAAGAAGGAGCACCAGAAUGGCUCUCCUCUAUCAACAAAUGGACAUGCGAAUGGGACGCCAUCUAUGGAGCGCACUGCACACAAGAAACUGAGGGUGGAUUGACAUUUGAGAAACCGUCACCCAGUUCUCACUGUAGCGUGUUAGCUAAUGCUGCUAGGAGGUACAUGUACCCUCUUAUCUAGAAUAGUCUAGCAUUCACUUGAGAUGAAAUAAGCCAUAGCCACAUGUAUCCAGAGACUUUCCAUGUUUUUUGCACACACUGCUACUCAUGGUAUUGAGUUAAUAAAUUAAUAUAGUUAAAGGAGAAAAGCAUUGUAGUAUGGUUGAUGCUGCACAAUAUUUCCUCCCCCGCCCUCUAGAGGAAAUUCAUUCCAAAGCAAAAAUCUCUUUCUUGCUACCAGCAAACAAACAUAUUUUGACUUAUUCAAUUAUGCUUUGCACACAGCAGGUCCAAAGAUGGCAGCUGAAGGUUUCAUGACACUCAGUUAAGUCAACAUAAGGGACAAUUAAAGCAACACAGUACUUACUAUGUUCUUUAAUGUGUAACUAGAGCACGCAUCUUGUGUCUUGCCCUAUCUAACUCCAGCCUGUGCUGUUACGUAAUCCUAAAUUUUGCCCUGUGUAAUAGUAUAAUUCAUUUUUAUUGGCAGGUAGUAACAGCAGAAGUUGUAUUUUGCUGUAUAUUUGCAGCACAGGGUCUCCCAUUUGGUAUAUUUAGUCAUCUAGCCAAAGCAUAACCAAAGCAUAUUGUACUUCAUAUGCAAGGAUUUUUUUCAAGACAGUUUAAGACAAAAUCUUAGAAGGCAGUGGUUGUGUUUAAUUAGCUCAAUUUAACUUGAGUCCUCCUUAACAUCCCCUAUAUUACAAAAAUCAUACUGUUAUAUCAACUACUCAUCCAGUAAAUGCAAUUAGAACUUGAAUUCACUGAUAAUAAACGAGGCAAUGUCCAUUAGGUAAGCCAAUGUAAUCAUACUGUGUAAUUCAGCACUAAAUACUCAAAUAUGUUAUAUUCAGAUACAUUUUGCUGUAUAGCUGAUAAUGAAACCUUGCUACUGAUCAUGUAAACAGCAGUUAAAAAAAAAACAAUCUCACCACAAAGUCCAUUUAGUUGAUACUCUGGAGGCUCAUAUGCUCUCUGUUUGACACAUUAUCAUCGUCAGCACAUGGAUUUUGCCCAUGUGUCAUGAAAAGUCCUUGACAUGUUCAGAAAAAUGGGAACGUAAAACCCAUCCACUGAGAAAAGUCAUGUGAUAAGCUCCAGAACAACUGCUUAAUGGACCUCGUAGUGGAACUGUUUUUAUCAAAUACUGUUUUACAAUAGUUUUUUUGUUUGUUUUUUGAGUCUAUUCAUAAAUAGGGUGCCUUCUGGACCGGAUGAUUUGGUUUCUAAUGUAGCAUUAUUCAUCUUUUCACUAUGCUAUCACCAGACUCAUAUUGGUCCAUUUAAGACUAAUAUGGGUCAAACGUCAUGUUCAAAUCCUGUGCCUGACUCUUUAUUUUUCUUUUUUUGUCAAAUUAUCAAAUGUCCUAAAUUAUCAUUCAUAACAACUGACGGGCACAUAUUAAACACAAUGCUGAUGUUUAUCUUAGGUUAAAGGGGACAGUUGGGAAAUGCUUGUUGCUCAGAGUUAGAUAAGAAGAUCAAUACCACUCUCCUGUCUGUGUGAUGUGAAGUUUGCGGCAGGCAGCCGGAUGGCUUAGCUUAGCAGAAAGACUAGGCAGUCUGCUUAAACAUCCUCCUCCCAAAAAGAACUGUGUCUCAUUCUAACAUAUUAACAUUAUAUUUUGUGGAGUA